AUGCCUGCUGCUGCCGAUACAGAGGAACAACCGAUGCUGCCUCUUCCUGGUGCUCCAUCCUCAUCAUGGGCUCAGUUUUGCCAGCGGUUCCGUGCCUUGUUCAGCGGCGCGGAUCCUCGCGUCUGCGUCGCAUUUUGGCUCUUUGGCCUAAUCAAUAAUGUCUUGUAUGUUGUUAUCCUGUCUGCCGCCCUCGAUCUGGUCGGGCCCAGUGUCCCCAAGGGAGUCAUCCUUCUAGCGGACGUGAUACCCUCGUUCGCAACGAAACUCAUCGCCCCGUACUUCAUCCAUAUGGUGCCAUACCCCGUGCGAAUCAUUAUAUUCGUCUUCCUCUCUGCCAUUGGCAUGCUCCUAGUUGCGCUAAGCCCUCCGUAUACCGAUGGCGGGACGAUAGCUACUAAACUUGCUGGUAUUGUGCUGGCUAGCUUGUCCAGCGGAGGUGGAGAGCUGAGCUUCGUUGGAUUGACACAUUUCUAUGGGCCUUUCAGUCUGGCUGCCUGGGGAAGUGGAACAGGAGCGGCUGGUCUGGUUGGAGCUGGUGCAUACGCCCUGGCCACUACCUCGUUGGGUCUCAGUGUGAAGGCCACUCUGUUGGCAUCUUCAUGUCUGCCAGCGGUCAUGGUAGUCAGCUUUUUCAUGGUACUGCCCAGAUCUCCUCUGCAGCCUGUUUCGGCUGCAUACGCCGGGUACCGUGCGGUCGAGGAAAGAGAAGAGCUCGCGGAGGAACGCGCAUUCAUGGAGGGCGACCGUGACGUGAUUUUUGACGAGGGGGAACGACUACUGGGAGCUUCGAAUCUUUCCACUCAGCGCGAAAAAGGCGGUUGGCAGCGUUUCGCAGCGGACUUGAAACGUGUCCGGGGUCUUUUCUUCCCAUUUAUGCUUCCAUUACUUCUGGUCUACGUCGCGGAGUAUACGAUAAAUCAAGGAGUGUCCCCGACACUGCUCUUUCCGCUUGACGAAUCGCCUUUUGCGCAUUUCCGUGCCUUCUAUCCAGCAUACAAUGCGAUCUACCAGGUCGGGGUCUUUCUUUCUCGAUCCUCGACGCCCUUCUUCCGUAUCCAUGACCUGUACGUCCCGUCUUUCCUGCAGAUUCUGAACUUGGUACUAUUGACCCUUCACGCCGUUUUCAACUUCAUCCCCAGUGUGUAUAUCAUUUUUGUAAUCAUCUUCUGGGAGGGGUUAUUGGGCGGUUUGGUCUAUGUCAACACAUUCGCCGAAAUCGGAGAUCGUGUGCCAAAGGAAGAGCGCGAAUUCUCCCUAGGAGCGACAACAGUCAGCGAUGCAGCAGAUCACGUUCUAGGGAGACCCUCAACCAAAUUCCGAAAGAUCCAGGUUUUUGGAGUAGUCCUAUUCUGGUCCACCUAUCUGUUCAAGGGAAGCAAGCAUGGCCCUCCGAUCGCCCGCAAUAUCUCGUCCCGCCUGUCGGGGAAACUGACCGUCUGGCAAACCACCGUAGCUGUGUUUCUAUGGCUCUAUAUCUGCCGCAAUUUCGCCAAGAUUGUUGGUCUCGAAAGCCCCGAACCCCUGGCGAAUCUCUACUCUCGGUCGUUUUUCCGGGCAACAUGGGUCACCACAGCACUCGACGCUGGCUUUUGGACUGCAAUGAGGAUCAAACCCAAGUGGCUACGGGAUAUCGCAUCGUUGGUAUUCACAGUGUACUAUCUCUUCGCAGCAGAGCAAGCAGAUGAUAUGGUGCGCCGUGUCCGCGCAGCCCUGACCGUGGAACAUCUGCGAGUGUCGUGGAACAAGGGAACCACUCCAUAUCUUUGGGCGCUUCAGAAGUUGGUCCGACCCCGUUUGACUAAUUAUGGCCCUCGAGCCAUCCGCAUCCCUCGCCCUAAACAAUCUAUUUACACCGAGCCAACGAAUGCAUGGCUAUAUUUUGACGGUCCGCUGAGUGCGCUGAAGGAUCAGACAUGUGUGAUUCUGGAUAUUCCGGGGGGUGGGUAUGUUGCCAUGGAUCCGCGCCACUCGGAAGACCGACUGCUCGCCUGGGCGGGGAAGACCAAGAUGCCAAUAUUGAGUCUAGACUACAAGAAGGCACCCGAGUAUCCGUACCCGUAUGCUUUGAACGAAUGCUAUGAUGUCUACCACACGAUCAUCACCACACGAGGCCGUUGCCUGGGACUGAGUGGACACACGCGGCCACGUAUUGUGGUUACUGGGGAUAGUGCUGGCGGAAACCUAGCUGUUGGGACGGUCCUGAUGAUCCUGCAGUCAGGGGCUGAGAAUGUGAUCCCACGCCCAGAUGGUCUGGUACUGGCGUACCCCUCCUUAAACAUGCGAGUUGAGAGCUGGAUGACGGAGGAGCAGAUGUCGUUGAUCCAGGAUAAGAGCGCUCGCCGGACGAAUAAGAACGUUUUGCAGAGAAAGAAUAUGGACUAUCAGAGGCUGACGCCAUUUGCAUCGCCUGGACCAUCUACGGAAGAACUGAAACAGGAGGUCUUGUCCGAUGCGGACUUGGAGGCGGAUGACCUGGGAGAGAAGGCUUCAAAAAGAGUUGCCGAGAAAUUGAACCGAGAUAAUCUGGCAGCUCAGACAGCUGCACUUGUUGAGCAUCAGCCAAAACAGAUCCGGACUCGUUUGGCCGUGUCCUCCAUGAUCUCGUACGUUCAUGACCGCAUAUUGACCCCUGAGAUGAUGCGAGCCAUGAUCAUCCUCUACAUUGGACCUCAUAAUCGGCCCGAUUUUAGCACGGACUUCCUCUUAUCGCCUGUCUUAGCUCCCGAGAGCCUCCUCAUCAGGUUUCCCAAAACCUACUUCAUCACAGGGGAACGAGAUCCACUGGUCGAUGACACGGUCAUCUUCGCCGGUAGGCUACGCCAGGCCAAAUUGCAUCAAUUUCGGGAAAGACAGGAACUCGGGCUUGAAAAGUCUCAUCGGGAAUUCAAUGAAAAGGACCACGUGGAAGUCUCCUUACUACCAGGGGUGUCACAUGGAUUCCUUCAGAUGGCCGGAUUUUUCCCUGACAGCUGGAAACAUAUCAACCGAUGCGCUACGUGGAUCCAGAACUUGUUUGACACAGCUGAGGUCAAGAAAUCGUCUUCUAGCCUUUUACAGUCGCUCUACGAUAAUCCUGUUUUUGAUAAGAACCUGGCCAUAGAAACAAACGGACAAGCGGCUCCCCGGAAUCACAAGCGAAGCUUGACAGGCGAGUCCUCUGCAGAUGAAGACAGGCCUUUGGAGAUGAGCGUCGGCAGAAUGACCCCUUUGACACCUGCGCGCGGGAAUCUCAACUCCGGUGAGACUCGGCAAUCCAAGGAGGACACGCCAUCUCAGAAGCCCUAUCGUUCCCGCCGGGAGGCUACCGGCACCCCUGAUCGCAAACCUGACUCGAAGCAUGGAAUCCGAAAAAGGAGUUCAUCUAGGGGCCGAAAAGACUCAUCUAGUGGGCUUGGUAGAAGAAGGCGCCUCGCCCCGACGCAGCUCACUCUGCCUGUUUCCGACGAAACCAUGUCCGAUAAUCUGGGAAGCCCGGUACGUCUUCGCAAACGAGAAAGAAGUCUCCACAGCCUUCCCAGUCACGAGGAUCUUUUGGAUCGCAGAAUGAACGGCCUAGCGGGCGGGCUGAUGGGAAUCGGGGAGGGAGCGCAGACCCCUUGA